AUGGACCGUAACUUGGCAGCUCGCUCGCCUCAGGUUGAGUCUAUCAUUGGUCCUGCCCUCAAGAUCGGUGCUCUUUCCGGAGCGGCCGGUUUUGUCACUGGCGGUGUUGCAGGCGUAAUACGAAACUCUCCUCCUCUUCUGUUUGCCAUUGGGUCAAGCGUUCAGUGGUUUGGUCUGGGCACGACAUACUGGGGCACACGUAGCUUUAUCUUUCAAGCAUGGGAUACAGGCAAAGGCCUGACUAAACGCGACAAAGCCUCUGCUAGCACCAUCGCUGGCGGUGUGGCUGGCAGUGGUGUUGGUCUUCUUACUCGUGGCCCUCGUAAUGCAAUCCCAGGAGCAAUCAUGUUUUCCCUCUUCGGCUUUGUCGGGCAAUCUGUCGCCAACCGGUUCGACAAGACGGAUUUACCAGCCUCGGAUGAACCGCGUCUGAAUUUCUGGCAGCGCUUUGCCAGCCUGAAGUGGAUGCCGGUUACUGUUCUCGAUGAUGGCGAGUAUGAGCACAUGCUUCGCGAAAGACAACUCAAACUAGAAGCUGAGAUUGCACUUGUGGAUGAGAGAAUUGAGGCUCUCAAGGCACAGCACACUCAGGCUAUUGCCACCAAGACAAACGCUCCCUGA